AUGUUUUCAAGAUUUAGAGAUUUUGUUAAUCGCCACAAGCGGAAGUUUGUUGUUACGGGUGUGGUUGUUGGAGGCGCAUGGCUAGCCCUACAGUAUGCUCAGCGGAAACUACGAGAAUACACUGAAAAUGAAGCCAAGGAAUUUAUUGAAAGAAGUCGUCGUCAGCAACACUACAAAAGCACAGAGCGGACUUGUGAUCAUACUAUUCUUUCAUUGUCACCUGCUAUUCAUGAGUCCAUUAUUAAUACUGUAAACACAGAAGAGUUGGCUGCAGAACUUCAGACUGCCUCUUCUGGGAAGAUUGCUAUUUGGGAGAAACUUAAAGUGAAAGCUUUCACCAGAGUUGCUGCUCUUGUAUAUGCCAAUUCCAUGUUAGUUCUUCUUUUGAGGAUUCAGCUGAAUCUUAUCGGAGGUUUCCUUGUUAGAGAUACAAAUGGAGAUAGUGGUCUGUCAACAGAACUCCAGCAUAUAUACCUUUCACUUUGUCACCAUCUUAGGGAUAGUGGAGUUGUUGACCUCUGCAAUCUAAUUGAAAGGCAUGUUCAACCCAUUUUAGAAAAUGUUUCAUUGAAGAAACCGAUGUCUCUUCGAGAUACGGAGGAGUUAUUUUGGUCCAUUCAAAACUCUAUUGAGAGUAAUGUUUAUGAUAAUCCUAUAAAAACAAUAGCAAGGUAUGUGUUUCCACCUAAAGAAAAAGUUGAUACUGAAAAUCUGCAAGAUCAAGAAAUACAACAACUCUUUAGUAUUAUGUCUGAGACUGUUGACCUCCUUGAUUCAGAUGAAGUUGCAUCACUGACACGGUCUUGUGUUAGUCAGAGUUUUGCAGCUGUAGUAGACAAGCUUGCUGAGCAGUUUGCACCUGUGAGCUCAGUAGAACCUAUUCCAGGUCCUUCAAAUGAGCAAAUUGCGAAUUCUUGGGCAACUGCCUUGAAUAAUGGAGCAAAUAAGAAUAAUUCCUUUAUUCAUCCAAGUAAUGUGACUAUACCACUGGCCAAACUCAUACCUAUUGUCAGCAAGCUUACCAAACAGUAUCCAAACAAAAAAGAUUUGUGGAUUUUUCAGCUUGUUCGGAAUGAUCUUGUUAAAGUUUUUGGAGCUAAUGUGUAUGAAGCUUUUGGACAGAAAGAAUAAAUUUUUUUCAUUUUUUCUGUGAGUUCUAUGUCUUUUGAAUUCCAUUUUCUUCUUAUUCUGUACUCUUUGUCAAUUUUAUAAUAUUUUUUCUAUUGUUUUUUGAUUUAUGUGUUGAUGUUUUCAAGACACUUCUUGUUGGAUGUUACAUACUUUCUAUGGCAUAAUUCAGAUAAUGUGAAGAGCAAAUUUUAUAUAUGAACAAUUUCUCAGUGUCUCAAAUUGUUCAUGGGGGAUUCAGAGUUCACAAAACGCGAGCGCGAUUUCAUGACUAAUAAGUCUCUUCAAGGCUGCAUCAAGCUUACACAACAUUGAAAAUGAUGCUGGGCAUGUUUUCUGAAUUCUGAAUCUACUCUUAUGGGGGUUUCCAUCUUCUACCUUGCAUUGCAAUUUAUGUAUUCCACCAAUUUCAUUGAAAGUAAAAGAUAAAUCAGAA